AUGCCUGUUGACAACGCUGAGACUGCCAGGGCCGGUGGUCUGCAACACCUGGAGGCCGACAAUGGCCGUCAAGGCACCACCACCAAGAAUGAAGUUGUGCAGUUCGUUCGCCGCCACUCAGAAUAUGACAAUGCUCCUACACAAGAGGAGCUUCAUGGACCCAAUGCUCUUCGCCGAGUUGCCGCGCCCAUUCCAUGGUCAGUGUACACGGUCGCCUUUGUGGAGCUUUGCGAGCGUUUCUCCUACUACGGAACCCAGAUUGUUUACUCCAACUUUGUGAACCACUCUCUUCCACUCUCCGCGCCGAAUGGUCCUCGGACCGCCAAUGGCAUCAAUACCUUCAACACCUUCUGGGUGUAUUGUGUGCCCCUUCUUGGUGCCUACAUGGCCGAUGAACACUGGGGAAGAUACAAGACCAUCUGCGUGUCUAUUGCUAUUGCUAUCAUCGGUCACAUCGUCCUCGUUAUUUCUGCUAUCCCACCAGUCAUCACCAACACCACCGCUUGCUAUGCCGUUUUUAUGCUCGGUCUGAUCAUCAUGGGAUUUGGGACUGGUAGUUUCAAACCCAAUAUCUCGCCUUUGAUCGUCGAACAAAUCGAUGUGACCAGAGUCUUUGUCAAGACGUUGUCCUCCGGAGAACGCGUGAUUGUAGAUCCCAUCAUCACGCAGAGCAGGAUAUAUCAUUACUUCUACCUCUUCAUCAACAUUGGCGCACUUGUUGGCCAAAUUGGCAUGGUCUACGCCGAGAAAUAUGUGGGGUUCUGGCUUUCGUUCCUGCUCCCUCUCCUAGCCUUCCUAACGACUCCUUUUGUCAUGUGGUGGGGACGCAACCGCUAUCAGCAAAGACCACCAGCUGGAUCCGUCGUAACCAAGGCCGCCCGCUGCCUCGUCUACGGAAUGAAGGGUCGCUGGUCUUUCAACCCAGUCACCAUGUGGAAGCAUACCAGCAACGGUUCGAUUUGGGAAGCAGUGAAGCCUUCCAAUAUUCAGCCCUCCCAACGGCCCGUGUGGAUGACGUUUGAUGAUGCUUGGGUGGACGAAGUCCGCCGUGGCUUUGCUGCCUGCGCGGUCUUCUGUUACUACCCGCUUUACUGGCUUGCAUACGGUCAAUUGACCAACAACUUUACUGCUCAAGCAGGCACAAUGAAGCUGAACGGUGUGCCCAACGAUGUUGUCAACAACCUCGACCCUUUCGCCCUGAUUAUCUUCAUCCCCCUCUGCGACUCGUUCCUCUACCCUGGUCUGCGAAAAUUGGGCUUCAACUUCACUGCACUGAAAAAAAUUACUGCGGGCUUUUGGCUUGCGGCGGCAGCCAUGAUAUGGGCUGCAGUUGUUCAGUUUUACAUCUAUAAGAAAUCACCAUGCGGGUACCAGGCCAACAGCUGCUUCAAUGACGAUGGCUCUGUCAACCCGGCGCCUCUCAACGUCUGGAUUCAAACGGGUUGCUAUGUUCUCAUUGCCCUCUCCGAGAUCUUCGCGUCGAUCACAUCCCUGGAGUAUGCAUAUUCCAAAGCGCCCAAGAAUAUGCGCUCUCUAGUUCAGGCUAUCGCUCUCUUCACAAACGCCAUCUCGGCUGCUAUCGCCGAGGCUUUGAAUCGUCUUUCGGGUGAUCCGUUGCUGGUCUGGAACUACGGUGUGUUUGCUGUGGUUGCCUUUGUUGGUGGCUGCUUGUUCAUCUGGCAAUUCUGGUCGCUUGACCAGCAGGAGGAUGAACUCAACUCGUUACCCGAGGGUUUUGUGGUGGCGCAAAAGGAUGUCGAGGAGGUCUCGAUCAGUGAGCCUCUACCGCAUACAAUCGACGAGAAGAAAUAA